AUGGAAAACACUGAGAGCAUAGAUGGUCCCAAACCAUCUUGGGCUUUCCAACGAAAGGCUGUAUUCUUGAACCCUAAUGAUGUUCUUUUCGACGAAGGAAAUGAAGCAUCCUCCGACAAUAAACAUUAUGUGACAGAUCAAGAGGUUGACCAACUCUCCGAACUUUUUUCCACAAUUGACGCUGACCUUGACAACGAAGAAUAUUUUGAGUGUGAAGUCAAAGGGUGUAAAGAAACUUUCAGAACAUCAAGCGCAUAUGAAAUACAUGUUUCGUGUUCACAUAGGUUUACCUGCCAGGAAUGUAAACGAAAUUUUCCUACAAAUUUCUUACUGGACAUCCACAUAGCAGAGAACCAUGACAGUUUUUUUCAAGCCAAGGUAGAGCGGGGCCAAGCAGCACAUGCUUGUCUUGUGGAGGCAUGUACUGAGAAGUUUGAAAAUGAAAAGGACAGGCACAAGCAUUUGAUCGAAGUGCACAAAUAUCCAUCUAACUUUAGAUUUAACAGGCAAAAAAAGCAAAGAAAAAGUAAGGCAGAUUGUAAAGAUAACUCAAUGGAGGUAGAUGACUUUAAAGCAGGGUCCGAUGCUGUGGGCAAAAAUCCUGCUACAAGAAGCAACUUUAGCAAGAUGAAAGAAGUUAAAGGAAUACCAAAAACUAUCAAUUUUGGUAGAGGUGGCUCGAAAUCCUUUCAAAGAGGACGGGGAAGAGCAAAACCCACAAUGAAGGACAAGUCGUGUAAAUAG